AUGACGAAUGAAGAGCCACAUCAGCGAAUUAUGAUAUAUCUUCAAAAAUUCGGAUUAUAUCCAUCGACGUUUCUUCGUGAUUUUAAGGUGAUGACGACACUGAUAUCGACGUUGAUUGAGCGUUGGAGGCCCGAAACACAUACAUUUCAUUUUCCUUCUGGUGAAGUGACGAUAACAUUAAAAGAUGUGUAUCAAUUUGGCGUUUCGAUUAAUGGUAUACCAUUGGUGCUUCGCAACAAUUAUGCGCAAUAUGCAUUUAUUUAUAAUUUAUUGGGAAAUGAGGCUCUAACUGAUGUCAUUGAUGAGAUGCGAAUACGAAUGACGUGGUUAGAAAGAGAAUUUAGAGUAUAUGGACAAUCAACGGAGCAAGAGGUGAAAUAUGCAGCUCGAGCAUAUCUUAUGGCAUUGAUUGGAGGGAUCUUGUUACUGGAUAAAUCGGACAAUUUGAUGCACCCCCAAUAUCUUUCAAUAUUGAAGGAUUUCCUUGUAUGUCUCCAAUAUAGUUUAGGUUCUGCAAUUUUGACUUUUUGUAUCGUGAACUUUACAAAGACGACCAUAGUGGUUAGUGGAAAAAAGCGGAUGUAA